GAUCCGAAAUCUCAAUGGACUGUCAGAGGUUUCAUAUGUCACGAUUCUUUCUCCUCUCAUUGUGCUGGGCAGUGUGGUCUGUCUGGCUGUGUGCCGGCGAUCCAAAUGAGGCUUCUACAGUGAAUCUGCAGAGCUUCAUUGGCUGUGCUGUGAGAGAGUUCAGAUUUACGGCGCGUAAACCAGGCUGCAGGGCCCUGCAGAUCACCACCGAUGCCUGCUGGGGGCGCUGUGAGACCUGGGAGAAGCCCGUCCUGGACCCGCCUUUCGUCGAGUCCCAUCAGCGGGUGUGCACCUACAACGAGACGCAGCUUGUGACCGUGCGGCUACCGGACUGCGCGGAGGGCGUGGACCCCGGGUACACCUACCCAGCUGCGCUCCGCUGUGACUGCGGGCUGUGCGCUACCACCACCACCGAGUGCGUCACCUCUGUGUGA